CAUUACAUCGAGCUCAGAUACUACACAACAGUUUACAGAGAGAUACAGAAAAGAAGAGACAGUUUGUGAAAUUCAUGGAGAAAGUUCUAAACAGUGGAGCAGCAGAAGUUGCGCCACCUCCAACAAGCACAGGUUGCUGGUACCUACCUUUGUUUGGCGUUCGCAACCCAAAGAAACCAGAUCAAAUAAGAGGCGUUUUUGAUUCGUCGGCUAAGUAUGGUGGAGUUUCCCUCAAUUCAGUACUCAUGUCUGGUCCAGACAUGAUCAACAGUCUUCUUGGGAUCUUGCUUCGCUUUAGGAAGGAUGAGGUGGCGAUGGCAGCAGAUAUAGAGCAGAUGUUUUACCGAUUUCGUGUUGAUGAAGACCACCGCAAUUACCUACGCUUCUUUUGGUAUAAAGAAAACAACCCAGAUGACAUCAUGAUAGAGUACAGAAUGACUUCACAUGUAUUCGGCAACAGUCCGUCGCCUGCUAUUGCAUCUUAUGGACUCCUUAAGACUGUCGAACACGCUGAUCGAGAUGUGAAAAACUUUGUACAGCAUAACUUCUACGUUGAUGACGGGUUAAUCUCUUUACCAAAUGAAUCAGAUGCUAUCAGCCUGAUGAAGCGUACUCAGUCAACCAUGAAACAGGAAGGUCAGAUUCGUCUUCACAAAAUCACGUCCAACAAACAAGCUGUGAUGGACGCCUUUGAUGUUAGUGAUCAUGGAGAACAGCUGAAAGAAAUAGAUAGUGAUGACAUGAUACACAGAUCUCUUGGACUUUGUUGGAGACUGAAGGACGAUACUUUUGUGUUUACUGUACCUACUGAAGAGAAACCUUUUACUCGUCGCGGUCUGCUCUCAACUGUAAACAGCCUAUUCGACCCAUUAGGUUUCAUAUCACCAAUCAUCAUCAGCGGUAAAAUACUUCUCCGAGAAUGCACACCUGAAGGAGUUGACUGGGAUGAACCAUUACCUGUCAAUAAUCUUCAAAAGUGGAAGGAGUGGCAAUCGUCUCUUCACUGUCUCAGUGAUAUCGCCAUUCCCCGUAUGAUGUCUCACACUUCUGUUAGUUCAGCCCAGACAGCAGAAGUUCACAUAUUCUCAGAUGCUUCAGAAAAGGCAAUAGCAGCAUCAGCAUAUAUAAAAACUGUAAGUGAUGGACAAACAAGCGUUCGAUUCAUCAUGGGAAGAAGUAAGUUAGCACCUCUUAAUGGCCACACCAUUCCUCGCCUAGAAUUGUGUGAAGCUGUCUUAGCAACGGAACUCGCAGAGAUCAUAUCUGUACAACUUGGCAUCCCAUUGCAAACAAUGAGAUUUUACACAGAUAGCAGAGUUGUGUUAGGCUACAUUGGUAAUAGGACUCGAAGAUUUUACACCUAUGUAAGCAACCGAGUUGAUCGUAUUCUACGAAUAUCUAAUGCCAAUCAAUGGAACUUCAUUUCCAGUGAAAAGAAUCCUGCAGAUUCUUGUACAAGAUGCAACACUAACGUGAUCAACAUUAUGCGGUUACCAUGGAUUACUGGUCCACAAUGGUUGUGUGAUGUGACGGAAAUGAAACCUACACAGUUUCCACUUGUUGAACCUGAUAGUGACAGAGAAGUCCGUCCAAUCGAUAGACCUGUAAUAUGUUCACAAACUGAUGUUACCAUUACAACAACAGGAUCUGAUCUGAUUACCAAGAAAUUUGAUCGAUUUGAUCGUUGGAGUUGUCUCAUUAUGGUCAUUGCUUGUCUCAAGCGAGUUUGCCGCAGGUUUAGAGCUUGUCGUGACCAGAAACCUAUGCAACUUACCCGUCAUGAUGAAAUUCGUGAAGUAGAGACCUUUGUCCUAAAACAGAUUCAACAAGAAUUCUUCUCUAAAGAGAUAAACAGUUUAAAGUCUGGAAAACCUUUGAACAAAGACACAAGUAUAUCCACACUUGCACCAUUCUUAGAUGAAAAUGGACUAAUGUGUGUUGGUGGGAGAUUGAACAAAGCUGCUGGAUUUUUACCAUCAAAGGAAAUCAAUCCAAUUAUUCUUCCCAAGAACAGUCAUAUCUCUGUUCUUUUGAUACGUCAUUUUCACGAGCAAGUCAAACAUCAGGGGAGAUUAUUCACUGAAGGUGCACUUCGUACGGCAGGUUAUUGGAUCCUGGGAGGCAAGCGCAUGAUUUCAUCUUUCAUUCACACUUGCGUGACUUGUCGAAAACUUCGCCGUGGCCUCGAAACACAGAUGAUGGCAGACUUACCAGAGGACAGGAUCACACCACAUUUUCAUUACCAACAUAUUCCAUGUUUCAUCCUUGUCCCCUCAAAUUCAAUUUACCACAUCAGAUCUACAUCAGAUCUACAUUCAAUAAAGAUUACCAAUAAUUAUUGAAUAUGGUUAUACUUGCUGUUUUUCAAACAGUACAGUAAAUUGAAUUUACACACCAAGGAAACAUGGCUACUGGAGGGCUCCCCUUACCACCGAACGGUGAUUCCCAGAACGAGAUUGCAGAAACCAACACCUCUACCAAGGAUAAACAUGAUGUUAUCUUGAGUGAAAAAGGACUCUUAGCAUUUGAAGAUGAAAGUUCCAAAUAUAAAAAACCUAUAUUCGAAACAUGGGGGAAAGUCGAGAAAUGUAUUCUACGUGUGCAAAAAUGUGACAGAAACAUUGAACAAUAUCAAAUCUUACAGAGUGAUAUAGAGAACACAUUCAGUGAAUUUCACAACAGUAUUAAACAGUACCUUGUCUUUCUACAAAGACACUCUAGAAGUGAACAAGGUAAAAGUGAGAUGAAACGAUGUACUGAGGACUUUGAGAAAGGAAAGUCAGUGGUUUACAAGGCCUUAGACAACAUUAAAGCUGCAAAAUUAGACCUCUUAGAAACAGCCUCAGAAAUAUCAACAACCAGCACUGAGAGGAAAAGAAGAAAAGAGCGGAAGUUGGAAGUAAUGAAAAAAGAAGCAGAGCUAAGAAAACAGAAACUUCGCCUUGAGGAAGAUGAAUCAAUACGUAUAGCUGAAAUGAACAGAAAAAAGUGUGAGUUGGACAUUGACUUAGAUUUACUGAAACAAGAACAGAGUGCUAGUGAUGAUGAGUUUUCAAUGGAGCGAGACCUUGCGGACAUUGAGAGAGAGAGUUCAGGGGA